AUGGCUGAUAGCAGGAGUUCUGGUAAACCUGACCAGACAUUCACAUCGGCCGAUCGGAUUCGACAAUUGAACGAUGUCGACCAGGAUGUGGCAAAACUCAUCCAUUCCGCCGGUCUUGCUAUCCAAGCCCUGACCAACGCCAGGUCAAACGAUACUUCUUCGACGGACAACUCUCUCGACUCCCACAAAGCUCGGUUCAAGGAAGCCACCUCGCAGUACUUUGCCCUCCUUUCAUCCAUUGAUGUGAGACUUCGUCGCCAAGUCUAUGCGUUGGAAGAAGCUUCCAUCCUUGCGCCAGAUUCUACCUCCCGCGGGAACGACGCAGCCGGCGCUGGCGGGGCAGCCGCAGCUGCUUCCAAUCCAUUGGAUAUCAGCUGGCUGAACAGCAGAAAAGACACCGUAGGGAAAGAUAAAGAAGCUGAGCUGUGGGCGGCCGCGAGGGGGUUUGUGGAGCAAAUUGGCAAGCCGGGGGCAAAGCCAGAGAAUGGCAAUGAGAGAAUGGAGGUUGAUUGA